AUGGAGGAAGCGAUGGAAGUGGAUGCAGAUAUAGAGAAUCAGCACGAUCGAUGUCUUGUUCGAAAGCGGCACAAAAACGGAGAUUUGAAUGGUGCUGUCAAAGUCAGAAAAGUCAGCUUAAAUCAAGCUGCAGGCGACUCCCAACCAUCCAGAGCUGGUCGAAUAGCUGAAGUUGAAUUGGAAAAUUUCAUGUGUCAUGGGCACUUGAAAGUGGAUUUUGAGACAUCUGAAAACAACUGCUUCUAUAUUGGCGGCCCAAAUGGAAGUGGUAAGAGCGCUCUCUUUGCCUCCUUGAAUAUUGGGCUUGGUGGUAGAGGUAACAACAACGAUCGAGGAAAUUCCGUCAAAAGCUACAUCAAGGAAGGCAGGAAGUGA